GCCGCGGGGGGGCGUGGCCGGGUCCCCCCGCGCCGUGCCGGGGAGGCGUCACCUGGGCCCGUCCCCGUCUCCAUCACCCGGCGGCGGCCGUUGAGCGGCCGUUUAACGGCGCGGCGAGAUUCCUCCGGUUAACGCACAGCAUCCGUGCCUGCUGCGAAAAGGAAUAGUUUUCAGCGCUCCUCGUAAGGCGUGGUCUUUACUACUAUGCUGAGUCACACAAGAUGUCCAUAGAAGAAUAAUGGAAGCCCCUGAAUACCUUGAUUUGGAUGAAAUAGAUUUUAGUGAUGAUAUAUCAUAUUCUAUAACUUCUCUCAAGACCAUCCCAGAAUUAUGUAGAAGGUGUGAUUCACAAAAUGAAGACAGAUCAGUUUCCAGCAGCAGCUGGAACUGUGGAGUCUCAACUCUUAUCGGAAAUGCACAGAAACCAACAGGCAUUGCAGAUGUGUGCAAUAAAUUCAGACCAGUGAAGAGGGUUUCCCCACUAAAGCACCAGCCAGAGAGCUCUGAGAACAAUGAAAGCGAUGACCAAAAGAACCAGAAGGGAGAAUACCAGAAAGACAGCGAAUCACAGCCUGCACCUCCAAAUGAUGACCAGAACCCAGGAGAAGGGGAGAACCUUAAAAGUAAAAACAUUGAGCCUACUGUUCUGCUCGGGGAGCUGGAGCACUAUGACCUGGAUAUGGAUGAAAUUUUGGAUGUGCCUUAUAUUAAAUCAAGCCAGCAACUCGUUCCUUUCACAAAGGUAGCUCCUGAGAAAAAAAUUUUGGGUGUAUGUUCAACAGUCAAUGGUGUUAGUGGCAAGACCUGCCCUACAGGGAGCACAGACAACUCGCCUUCUGGGGUAACACAGUUCUGUGUUCUCUCUCCUGUGAAAGGCUCUCAGCUGAGAAAAACGCAGCCCAUUGUCCUUGAUCAGCACAAGCAUAUAACAGAAGAAUUAGAGCUUUCCCAGCCUUUAGUUAAGUGUAGCUCAGUCCAUGAAUCUGAAGCCCAGGGCAAGGGUUUCCUCUGUAGGACAUUUGUUGAUCCUCAGGCACACAAAACUGAGAAGACUAUGCCAAACUGCCACCUGAGGACUUUUCACCUGCAGACAGCAGUGGCAGAAAACAAGCAACUGGAGGAACUGAGUAUGAACUGGAGCAGUGCAGGGAGCCCAGAAGAAAGGAGUGAAGAGGUGAAAAAAUUUAAGAGCAUCUUAAACAUUGUAAAGGAAGGCCAAAUAUCGUUACUGCCACAUUUAGCAGCAGAUAAUUUGGAUAAGAUUCAUGAUGAAUGUGACAACAAUCUGUUGCAUGUAGCAGCAUCAAAGGGACAUGCAGAAUGCCUGCAGCAUCUCACUUCUUUGAUGGGCGAAGACUGUUUGAAUGAAAGAAACAUUGAGCAGCUAACUCCAGCUGGAUUAGCAAUAAAGAAUGGUCAGCUGGAAUGUGUUCGGUGGAUGGUGAGCGAAACAGAAGCUAUUGCAGAAUUAAGUUGUUCCAAAGAUCAUCCGAGCCUUAUUCAUUAUGCAGGUUGCUAUGGUCAGGAGAAAAUACUUCUGUGGCUUCUUCAGUUUAUGCAAGAACAAGGGAUUUCACUGGAUGAAGUUGACCAAGAUGGAAAUACUGCUGUUCAUAUAGCUGCUCAACAUGGCUAUCUAGGAUGCAUACAGACAUUGGUUGAAUAUGGAGCAAAUGUCACCAUGCAAAACCAUGUAGGAGAGAAACCUUCACAAAGUGCUGAGCGACAUGGGCAUACCAUGUGUUCCCGCUACUUAGUCGUUGUGGAGACAUGUAUGUCAUUGGCCUCUCAGGUUGUGAAGCUAACUAAGCAACUAAAGGAGCAGACAGUAGAACGUGUGACAUUACAGAACCAACUCCAGCAGCUUUUAGAAGCCCAGCGGUCAGAGGGCAAGGCACUGCCCAUGUCCUCAAGCUCGCCAUCAUCCCCUGCCUCUGGCAAACCCCAGUGGAAACCAUCUGAAGUAGAUGAAUUGUCUCCACCAAAAAGUAAAUUGAACACCCAAGAUGGGAUUCAGAUUCUUGGCAGCUUGGGAACUUCUAGUCGCACUCGAGCCAAGAUAAAAGAUGAGGACUCAGAUAAAAUCUUGCGCCAGUUGUUGGGAAAGGAAAUCUCUGAAAAUGUCUGUAUGCAGGAAAAGCUGACUUUGGAAUUUCAGGAUGCUCAUGCAUCCUCCAAGAACGUGAAGAAGAUUUUGCCAGAGAAAAGGGAGCUGAAGUUAGCCAGACUGAGGCAGCUUAUGCAGAGGUCUCUCAGCGAGUCUGACACCGACUCAGCUAAUUCUGAGGACCAUAAGAACACCCCUGUGAAAAGAACUGACAAGCCAAGGCCUCAGCCCAUAGUGGAAAGUGUUGAGAGCACAGAGAGUUUGCACCUGAUGAUUAAGAAACACACUUCAGCAGCAGGGCGCCGCUUCCCUUUUGGUACCAGAGCUUCUAAGUCAGUGGAUGGCCACAGCCCUUCCCCUACUUCAGAGAGCAGUGAUCCAGAUAACGAAGCCCAGUAUCAGUCUGGUACUGUACCUCAGAGCCAGUUUUGUGGAGACAGCUCUCCGUCCAGCACAGACAGUGCCACUGCUCAAAAGGUUGCCACAAGCCCCAAGAGUGCUCUCAAGUCUCCAUCUUCAAAGCGCAGAACCUCCCAAAAUUUGAAACUCAGAGUAACUUUCGAGGAGCCUGUGGUGCAGGUGGAGCUAGCAGAGUCAGAACUAAAUGAGGAAAAGGACAAAGAUCGGGGCAAAGCACUUUUGCGGGCUCCACCCAGCACUGGGGAACCAGCAGGAGACCAGCUAAAAAGGCCUUUUGGAACCUUUAGAUCCAUAAUGGAGACGCUGAGUGGUAACCAAAAUAACAACAACAACUGCCAAACAGCAAAUCUGAUCAAAACCUCAUCGACGCUGCCUUUUACGUCAUUAGGAAGGAAGACAGCAGACAGCAAGGGAAAUCCAGCAGCUCUCACAAAAGGAAGAAACAAGCCAGGGCCUUACUGCAGCCACACCAGUUUUUCCUCUAGCACACUGAAUGAAGAACAUCUGUGUAACUAUGCUUGGCAUGAUGACAUCAGUAAGAAAAGCCAGAAAUCCUACAGUCAAAAAAGUUCUGAAGAGCCAGAGCUGCAGGAAUUUUUCCUCUAAACCACAUCUCAUGAUGUCUCACUUUGUUUGAAAUGCCUGAAAUAAAUCCUUUUGAAACACUAAUACGAGACAUAUCCCUCACCAGCAAAACAGCAGCUGUUAGGAUGCCUUAAUUCGUAGCAGUUAGACCAUAUACAAGACUUUUUUUAUGAUAUGUGUGUAUAUGUAUCUUGUUUGUAAGCUGUACUGUGUAAAGGCAUGGGUGAGCAAAAGUAACAAUUUGAAAAUUGUUAUGACACAGGCAACCUCCAAAAUGUUUGUUGGGCCACAGAACACGUUUUGUACUUUGUCUUUUGCAUGGAUAUAUUGUCAUAUAUCUUAGUUCCCUUUGUCAAUGAAAUAUACUAUCAAAGUUUCAGCCAGGACUCUGCCUGCUCCACUCUUCAAUGAGACUGAGGCAAAAGCAUUGAUUUUUUUCAAGUAAGUUUUGUGUGUUAUUUCUACUUUUGUAAAAAGGAAAUAAAACAGUGUUAAUAGGACACAUUGAGUGCAAAUACUUCUCAUAUUUAACUCUCUUAAGCUUCAAGUGUUUUGUUUCUCUUUUCUGUGUUCAUUUGAUAAGGAGGCAGUGUCCAAUAUCAGAAUUUUGGUACAAUCAGUUGAGUCAAGAAUUACUUGAAUGUUCAAUGGUUCGUUUCAGUUUUAAAAUACAUAGAAUUUUUUUAAAUGAAAUUUUAAAUUAUCGUUUACUGUUAACUUGCCAAACACUGGUAAUGUGCUCAUGUCUGUUCAAACCACCAAGUGACCUGCUAAAACCCCAACCAUACUUUUUCAAAGUUGUUAUGAUCCUUGUACCGAAUGCACUUGGAACCUUUGAGAGAAAGUGAAUCUUCAGUGGUUUACUGAAUUCACUUUUUUUCUCGUAAACUACAGUACAUUCUGUAGGUGUGUCACAUACAGCACGACAUCCAAAAGCAGGUUAGGAGGCAAUUUCCACUUGAAGCAUUUAUUUUUAAUAAACAAUUAGGUAUGUAUUUUUUUUAUCCAUAUUGAGCCAUUUCCAUUUGAAGACUGCUAUGGUUUUAUGAGAAAGAUCCAGAUACAUGAGGAUUUCUUUUAAUGAUUGUUGUAAUAAAACAUAGGGAAGACAUUUUUUCAAAAAUGUUCCACAAAAGAUGUACCACACUGCUGAAAUUAUGCAAAUUAAUUUCCUACAAUUUCAUAACUCAUAAGUGAAUAAUGUGGGCAACCAGGAGGAUUUUGAUGAUGGGAGUUACUUUUUUUUUUUUUUUUUUUGCAGUUUUUCUUGCCCGUUUUUUGCUGUGCACAACUUAAACUUUGGGCUUCCAUUCCAUUAGAAUAGUUAGGGGCAUCCUUAAUAUGAUUCAUCUGACCUUUUUUAGAUGCCAGCACCUUCCUACUUACUGCAGGGGAACUGGAGGUAGUAGAGCUGUUGGAAGAGUUACUUAGUAGUUGGAUACCUAUAAUUAAGUGAUAUGAAUGUUCUUACUUGGUUCACUCUUCAGAGUGAUGUCAUGUUUGGCCAUACAGCUGCCAUACACCAAGAUGACCGAAUGCCCCAGACACCCUACUUAGAGGCUUUGGAUAAGCACAGAGUACUACUGGAUAAAAUGGAGCCAAUUUAGAGAUCAGAAAAAAAUACAACUUGAAAUAAGAAAAGCAUCCACUUACAAAAAUUAUAUUCUGAGUUUCUUUCCACAGUUCUUAUCUGUCACUUGGCAACGCUUUGGUUUUUGAGCUAAAGUAAUAAACUUAGCACUGUAGCUGACCUGAGCUAUGUUGUUUAAAGAAACAAUCAAACCUCCAAAAAUAUCUGUCAGCCAGGAACAGCAGUACCUCUAACUGGGCCUCCCACCGUCUGUGUGUGCAUGAAAAAUCUAAAUGCAAAUCGAGGAGAGACACAUGUGCUGCAAUAGCCUGUGUGCUGAAGUAGAGCAUAAGAAAGAGAAAUCUGGUGUCAGUGGAUGGGCUCAGAACAAAUUUGUAACCUGCAUUUUUGAGAACAUGAAGAUCAUUGCCUGUGGUCAUGGCAGAAGCAUGAGUUAAAUAAAGAUUUGCGAAGGACAAAUAUUCAAUAUGAAAAAGCAAAUAUCCAGUAUGUUUGAAAGGUCUUAACCCUCACAAAUCACCCCUGAUCACACCUGACCUUUUUUAUUAUUUUUUUUAUUUUUUAUAUUUUUUCUUUUUUUGUGUGUGAGAGUAGUGAAAAGGCUUGAAGGACAGUUUCAAUCUUAAGGGACAUUGUGCAGACAAAAAGAUAAAAGCAUGCCUGGUGAUCUUGAGUUACUGGAAAUUUGUGAAGUCCACCGUAGUUAUCUAAUACCUAGGUGCAGCAGGGAAUAAAUCUGAACAACUGUGAAAGGAUCUGAAACAGGUUAAGGUGUAAAUAUUGUCAAAUCCUAGAAUAAAUAAAUUACCAGAUGUGGGGAAUGAGGAUUUAAAAGUCACCUGCUUUCUGCUGGGUUUCAGUUUCUGAGAGAGUAUUCUUAUACAGCACACAUUAAAACAAAUUACACAAGAAAUUGUAGGGCAAUAGGAGAUUGCUAAAUGAGAUAGGAUUGGGAUACCAGAAGACACUCAGGGUUUUGUGGUUAAAUAUAUCAGCUAGGUAAUCAAUGUUGUGUCCCAGAUAAUUGGAUAAUUGCAUACAGCUGGAAAGCCUGGGUGUUUUCAGUGAGAUCUGCACAUGCUGCUCCUAUGACUCCCCACUGUUCUGAUCAUGCUGGGGCAGAAAGCAGUCGCCAACUUGAUGCAAGCAUGAAAAGUAGUGUCUGGAGGGUUUUAUCCCUGGAGAAGGUGAACUCAUAUAUAAACUGCUGGUUUUAUUGUUCCUAAUUCGUAGUUUGUCUCCUACCUAGGGCCCCAAAGCCUACACGUGGUACACUCUGAUGUCAUUCCUAUUAGAGAAAUGCUGAAUCUGUGAUCUUCGGCUGGCUGAAGCAUGUGCUCUGUAUAUUUGUAUCCUUAGUAGCUAUAGAAUCCAGGUGCCAUAACUCCUUCUGUUUGGUUUAUAAUCCUCCAGGCAGAUCCCCUUGGCAUGGGUCUAAGUCAGGCUUCUGUCAACGAAGUAUAAGCAUUUCCCAGAAGAGCUGAUCAGGGAUUUUCCAACAAACAUCUUCAGAAAAUAUCAGUUGACCACAGCUUUCAACAGCAGCACAGAAGCUUUUAAAUUACAGCCCUUGCCAGAAAAGGUCUUCCCCUGUCCACUGGGAAAUUUCGGGUCAAAAGGAGGCAGUGGAGUCAUUUGCUAGUGAACCUCUCUGUGCCCCAGUAAUGCUCUAUCUGUGGGCACCGUGGAUGUAAAGAACGGCUUUUCAUGUUCACUGUCUCCCAAAGACUGCAGAAUAAGACCUCUCAGUGUAUGUCCUGUAAAACUGUAUCAAAGCCAAUUGAUAGGGCAUUUGAGAGCCCUGAAUUCACAGUUUCAUAUUGCAUGGCUCUCCUAAUUUUUGAAGAAUGAUACCAUUUUUCAAAAUGAGCAAAAGUCAUUUUCUGGGAGCUUUGUUUUUUUUUGCUUGUCUUAUUGUUUUGUUUGUUGUGGGUAUUUGGGAUGGACAACACCCGGAUACGUGCAGUAUUAGGCUGUGAGUGUGACAUCCUAUGUCAUCAGUAGGAUGGUGGGCUAUGCUUUGUCCUGUAUUAAUAAAGCAGCAUUUUAGUAA